CACAGCUCAGAUCUGAUCCUGAAGGAGAACUGAACACAAGACACACAGCAAUGACUCCUACAAUCACUGGAUCAAUCAGCAGCAGAGAAACUCUACUGACAAACAAGCUGAGAAAGCCCAUGGUGGAGAAGAUCCGCCGAGAGCGAAUCAACAGCAGCAUCGAGAAGCUCAAGACUCUUCUGGCUCAAGAGUUCAUCAAGCAGCAGCCCGACUCCAGACAGGAGAAAGCUGAUAUCCUGGAGAUGACGCUUGAUUUCUUGAGACGCUCUCAGAAAAGCAGUGCGGCUGGUGACGGACGCUCCAGAUGUGUGCAGGAGGCCGUCAGCUUUCUGUCUCAGUGCCCAGUGCAGACGCAGAGCCACACAAGACUGAUGAAGCUCUUCCUGCACAUGCAGACUCCUGCAGACCAGCACACACGUGUGGACAAUCCUCAGACCACUGAAACACACGCAAACAGCAGCGCCAAACAACACACUCCAGUCCGCAGUCACAUCUGGAGACCCUGGUAGAGCCCAGAGCACCCGCCGUACCAUUGAGAAAACACGAGUCACGAUGCCAGUCUGAGAUUGGCAUGGACUGAAGUUCAGAAAGUAGGAAUUGAUUUCCGCCUCUGCAGCUUCUGCAGGACAUUUAAUCUGCUUUCAGAGAAAGAGAGUUUAGUGAAACUGUGUGAGCAGUCAUGUUUGAUCUCAAUGCACACAAUCAUCUGCUGUGUAGAAUGAUUAUAACAGUGCAUUUGUGAAAAUUAACAUUCAGUAGAAACUUUAAAGUCUGAUUCAGACAUUUGAGCAUUUCACCCAUAUUGGGUUUGUUUUCUCUUCGUCUAUACGAUGACCACACUGCUUUAGUUCACUGAAAACACUUGAUUUAGAUUUCUGCUAUUUGAAAUGCAUCUUAUCUUUUCUUAUAAUAUAAGAAACACUUCUUCAGUUGAAAGAUUUAUUUGUGUGUUGAAGCACAAAUGAUUGUUUUUAAUGUUUGCAUGUGUUUACAUGUAGGAGACUUUUCCCCUGUAAAGGGCAGAUCAGUGUUUUCACUGUUAGUCAAGAAUUUCACUUUUAUUUGUAAAGUCAUUUUCUUACCUUCAUUGAAGGAUUCUUGCUCUGCAUGUAAAGGAUGACCACACUGCUUUCAUUUACUGAAAGUGCUUUACUUCUUAUUUCUUUUGUUUGAAAUAAUUUCAUCUUCUCUUAUUGUUAGAGAAAUAUAUCUUCAUUUGAAGGACUUGUUUGUGUGUUGAAGCACAAAUGAUUGUUUUAUUGUUGGUUACUUUUCCUCUGUAAAGACAAAUGUUCUCACUGUUUGUGAAAGAAUUUGACUUUUAUAUGCAGUCAUUUUCUUACCUUCAUUGAAGGUUCUUGCGCUGCAUGUAAAGGAUGAUCACACUACUUUCUUUUAUAGAAAGUGCUUUAUUUUUAUUUCUAUUAUUUCUAUUGUUUCUAUUGUUUGCUGUUUUUCUCUUAUUGUUAGAGAAAUAUAUCUUCAUUUGAAAGAUUUAUUUGUGUGUUGAAGCACAAAUUAUAGUUUUUAAUGUUUGCAUGUGUUUACAUGAAGAAGACUUUUCCCCUGUAAAGGGCAGCUCAAUGUUUUCACUGUUAGUGAUUUACAAAUGUAUCUUUUAUGUUUAGAGUCAUGUUUUUACCUUCUCUGAAGGUGUUUUCUGGUCAUUACUUCAUAUUGAAGUACAACAUGAAAAUAAAUGUUGAGAAUUUAAGCUGUACUAUGUUUUGGAAUGUUUUAUUCAAUCAUAAAUAAUAAAUCAGAGCGUUUUUGCACCAUAUAA